CUAAGAAAUUUAAUCCUUGGGGGUUUUCUUAAAUAUUUAAGUCGCAUGCACAAAGCCAUGCCAUUAAAAUGUGAUUAUAAGUCAUAUAAAAGUCUAAAAAUAACAAGAUCAACAUUACUUUUAAUUCACUGAAGUCUAAUGUCUGCAAUCAAGCUAAAUAACAUAGUUAUUCAUUGAUCUGUCAAUACCCGUACAUGGCUAAGUACGGGCCUUAGAACAUGAUAAAAAAGCAUACACUUGCCACCUUGUAUAAUACUGAGACUUGAGACUCCAAAAUGCUAUUGCCAGAUCCGACACAAUAACAUUCUGAACUAAUUGUCAUUUUAUGUUUGCAUUUUAAUAAAUCCAGAUAAAUAACUCAAAACAUAUAGAUAAGCAAGAAGGAUUUAAGAUACAAGUUUAAAUACUGUUAUAAUUAAUUUAAUACACAAAUAGUGAUAAUAUGUUUGUACAGACAUAAUAACAAUAUAACAAUUAAGUAGUAUAAUCUUAUAGCAGAGAAGAAUAUAAAAGCAUAUCUCGGUGUCUCAAGACUUCAUAAUUAUGUGGAAAAGGGUAUUUACAAGUCUAUAUAUUCUAAUUUCGCAAUGACGGAAAUGACGUACAGCAAGCCGACGUUAGUAAUGAGCCACCACGACUACACCGUCGGGGAGACGACCGGCGGGCUCAGCGUGUUCUUCACAAUCCUGUGUAUCAUCGACCUGUUUGGAGUCUUCCCAGUCAUUACCCUGCCCAAAAGCGUUAUAAUGUGUGGUAUAUAUGCCGUACCUCUGGUCCUGGGCGUCUUCGGUCUCCAGCUGUACACAGCGGUCCUCCUGGGCAGGAGCUGGCUGUUAGCGCAAGAGAUCAGCCCUCAGAUAAAGGAAAAGAACAGGUUCCCUUAUGCGGCGAUAGCAGAAUUAGCUUACGGUGUGCCGGCAAAGAGGAUGGUGACGUUUCUUAUUGACGCAGCGAUCUUCGGAUCAGGAGUACCGAACUUUAUAAUUGCGGCACAAACGUUACAGAUCUUCUGGUGGAAGAUCUCAGGUGGAGAGGUGGGCAUCACGUACUGCGUGUGGAUGGCCAUACUCGGGCUGCUGCUGUGCCCCGUCAUGUGGCUCGGAUCGCCCAAGGAUAUGAAGCCUAUAGCUAUAACAUCGGUGUUCAUUGUGACGACGGUGGCUGUGACUACGUGGACCUGCAUUCUCAGGGACACCACAUCAGCAGCUCCAGUAGGCAGCGUGUUCGACGGACAGCCCGAGUUGGAGGACUUCCUUAUAGCAUACGGGAUUUUAGCCUUUCAGUUCGACAUCCACCCCAUGCUGCUGACCCUGCAGGUGGACAUGAAAGACAGUAAGAAGAUCAACAUGGCGGUGCUGGGCGGGUUCGGCGCGACGGGACUCAUGUUCGCCGUCACCACCGUGCUGGCCGCCGCGCGCUACGGGAACGACCUCGACAGUAAUAUAUUGCAGAGUAUCCCAUCAUCAAUCCCGCUAUACCUGAUGUCUCUGCUGGUGACGCUGCAGCUGUGUUUGUCGAGCGCCGUCAGCCACUCCGCUCUGUUCCAGCACAUAGAAGACUUAUUAAGGAUCUCCAGAGACUUCUGCUUCAAACGUUGUCUAAUCAGAUCCAGUAUUGUGGCCAUGGCUGUAUUCCUGGCCGAAUCCGUUCCAAGAUUCGAUCUAGUCAUGGGCCUAGUUGGUUCAACGUUAACCGGGCCCCUUAUGUUCAUCUGUCCACCCGUAUUUUUCCUCAAACUGUGCUACAUCAAAUCCAAAAUGGUUUCGAGUAGUCCUUGCAAUGGAUACCAUAAGAUCACGAAAAAAAUAAACGGUUACCAAAAUGGCGGAACUAAUGGCGACCUGUCAAAAUUCCCGCUUAUAACUGACGGUUUAGAAAAUGGUUAUAAAACUUUUUCUGAUACGUCGAUGACGACUAUACAAUAUGUUGUUGAAGAGAACGAGUACGCUAUCAAAUGGUAUGAUGUUGUUUUAGCCUUGAUAGUGAUGACUAUAGGUAUCGUGGCGACAAUAGUGGCUACUUAUUCGAGUUGGUCGAACUCUAUAGCUUAUGCUACGUUCAGUCCUCCAUGUAUUUUAAAUUCAACCGCUGCCGCCCGGAGUUUCCUUGAAUUACCUAUGAAAUUUGCUAUUUAGGUAGCUAGGGUUACCAGAUAAAUGUAAAAUAGGUAUUAAAUACUAGUGAUUGCAGGAAAACGGCUUCUCAACCCUUCUUCCAUGACAAAAUUAGUUAGUACUUACGACAUUAGGUUACACACGGUUCUCACAUGGAUUUUAAUUCAUGGAGUAGGUAAAUAAGGUAAGGAUUUGCAUGAGUUGAGUAAAACGUGCUUGAUCUGGUAAAAUGAGCAAAAUGUGUGAACCGUGUGUAUUGAUAUCUAUAGAAAUUUGGUACCUUAGGUACUUACGUACUACCUACCUACGUACUUGUUUGUUUGUUAGUGAUUUAAAAGAUUGUUACGAGAACCGACGUGUGUUAAGUACUCUUAAAAUGAUUUCUGUAGGUUUAAGUUCUUGUAAUUUCGAUAAUGUUAUUUCCCAAUGCAUUUAUUAUGAAAAGUUAUAAGUAGGUAAGUAACUUUAAAGGGUACAUCAUAAUUUGCUAACAUCUAGCUAGGAAUCUAUUUACUUAAUUAUAACUAAUGUAUCCGAAUUAAUAUACUACAUAGUACUCAGUGUCUUUUAGUGGAUAGAAAAAAGGUCAGAAAACUAAAAAUACAACAAGAAUUCCGUUAAGUUUACUUAAAUGUGUUACUAAUUACUCUGAGACAUGACUAAAUAAAAAAACUACAGUAUAAUUAAA